AUGGCUCCCGCACAUCCAAGGACCAACCCUGGCCAACCACGCCCUCAGUCAGCCCAGGAUAUAGUAACGACGACACUGUUCAUAACCAACUUGCACUGUCCAUCAUGUAUAGAGGUUAUACAAGACUCCCUGAACGGUUUCUCGCCGGCGCCAGAGUUUAUUUCUUACUCUAUUGUUUCUCAUUCCGUUGUCCUGCGCCACACAACAUCCCUUACUGCACUGGACAUCGCUGCUACACUAGAAGCCGCUGGUUUCGAGUUACACAGCAUUUUUCAGGACAACAAGACUGUGUUCGCCCCAGUUGAAAUUUGCCACUUCGACGAUCGAAGCAAAGAGUGGGAGACGAGUUUAGAACACGCAGUGGCGAAGUGGUUUCAGAAAGGAGCCCCAGAAGAUUCAAGAGAAAACAUGCACAAACGGGAAAAACACGCGGAGCAGUGUGAGCAAUGUAAAGCCGAGACAGGUGGCGUGCAGUUGAGGAUCGAUGGCGAAGAGUCAUCAUGGCCCAGCAAACCGCAGACCGUUGUGACAUCACAGGCGCUGGGCCUCGCAGACAAAUUCGACGGGACAGCAUCCCAGAGUCUCGAGAACGUAAGCAUUGGCAACUCGUCGGCGACUUUGACCUGCAGAGCGACGAUAGCGAUCUCUGGAAUGACGUGCAGCUCCUGCGUGAGCAGCAUCACACACACUGUUGAAGGGCUGCCGUUCGUGCGGUCUGUCAACGUCAAUCUGCUCACCAACAGCGGGACGGUAUUGUUCGAAGGAAGAGAAAGACUAAAUGAGAUCAUCGAAAGUAUCGAAGAUGCAGGGUUCGAUGCGAACGCUGAGAACAUCGAGGUUCUCGAUACCUGGAGAGCCACGUAUGCUAUCGGCGGUAUGACUUGCAGUGCGUGUGUUGGAAAUGUGACUCGAGCUUUGGAGACGCACAGGUGGGUGGAGAAGGUGGACGUCAAUCUGGUCACGAACAGUGCCACCAUUGUAUUUUGUGGAAAAGACAAUCUCACACAGAUCACGGAAACGAUCGAAGAUGCAGGUUAUGAUGCCACACUCGAUAAGGUCGAGCCUGAGAAUACUUCGAAGUCGGAGUCCAGCGAGAGAGCUGUGGGAAUUUGCAUCGAUGGCAUGUUUUGCCACCACUGUCCGGCUGAUAUUAUGAGGGCUAUUGGCGAGAGACAUGGAGAGCAGCACGGUGUGGAGUUCGAGGGACAGAACUUCUCGGAACACUCCCCAAUACUGAACAUCAAGUAUAAACCAGACCCUCCGAAUUUCACCAUCCGCGAUGUCUUCAGGUCGAUCGAAGACCUGAACCCGAAUUUCAAGCCGUCGAUCUAUCACCCUCCGACAAUCGAAGAUCGCGCUCGGGAGAUGCAUGCACUGGAACGGAAAAGAGUGCUGUUCCGACUGUUACUCUCCGUGGUCAUUGCGAUACCUACAUUCAUCUUCGGGAUCGUGUUCAUGAGUCUUGUCAAAGAGACUCAUCCGAUCCGCCAUUACGUUAUGCAGCCGAUGUGGGCUGGUAACGCUACCCGGUUGAAUUGGGCUCUCUUCAUCUUGGCAACGCCUGUCUAUUUCCUCGCCGCCGACACCUUCCAUCGUCGAGCUAUGAAGGAGGUGAAAGCCAUGUGGCGCCCGGGAAGCCGCACUCCUUUUCUCCACCGAUUCAUUCGAUUCGGAAGCAUGAACAUGCUCAUGUCGCUGGGCACAAGCAUUGCAUACUUUGCAUCAGUUGUCGAAUUAGCUUUAGCGGCGGCGAACAAGUCUUCAGGAUCCAUGAACGACUCCUACUUCGAUGCCGUGGUCUUCUUGACGAUGUUUAUCCUUAUCGGUCGAUUCUUGGAGGCAUACAGCAAGGCGAAGACUGGCGACGCUGUCACGUCUUUGGGCAAGCUCCGACCCGAAGAGGCUAUACUGGUAGAUUCGGAGAAGGGAGACCUGAAGGUGGCAGCAGACCUGCUUGAAGUAGGUGAUAUAGUCCGCGUCCACCAUGGUACCUCGCCGCCAUUUGACGGUACAAUACUGGAUAGCGCCACCACUUUCGACGAGUCUAGCCUUACUGGCGAGUCGCGACCAGUCAGGAAACAGGUAGGCGAUAUUGUCUACUCUGGCACAGUCAACAAAGGGUCACCUGUGAAGAUCAAGGUGACGACGAUCGCAGGCACUUCCAUGCUCGAUCAGAUAAUCAACGCCGUCCGCGAAGGUCAGACCCAUCGAGCACCCGUAGAGCGUGUUGCAGAUACCAUCACAAGCCACUUCGUCCCAUUUGUUGUUCUCGUUGCUAUUACUACCUGGCUGAUCUGGCUCAUCCUCGGUACCAGCGGGGGGAUUCCCAAGGACUGGAUGAACGAAGGUUCUGGUGGGUGGGCGCUCUGGUCUUUACGUUUCGCCAUCGCUGUGUUUGUCAUCGCCUGCCCCUGUGGGAUUGGCUUAGCGGCCCCAACUGCACUUUUCGUCGGUGGUGGUCUUGCUGCGCAACAUGGUAUUCUUGUCAAAGGUGGCGGAGAGGCUUUCCAGGAAGCGAGCACGCUCGACUGCAUCGUCUUUGACAAGACAGGGACUUUGACACAAGGAGGUGAUCCUGCUGUGACUGACCACAGCAUUAACGAGGAAUGUGGCGAAAGUGCCGCUGUUGUCUUUGGUCUCGUCAAAGCCUUAGAAGAAAACAGCAAUCACCCCAUCGCAAAGGCCCUCGUGGGCUUUUGCAAGACUAGGUCCACCGACACCCUCGACACUGUCACCGUCGAUGAAGUCCCCGGCAAAGGGCUCAAAGGGACUUUCAAGCUGGCCGACCGACAGAUUACUAUCAUCGCGGGCAAUGAGGCCUUCAUGGCCGACCACUCAGUGUCGAUACCAACUGCCCAAGCAUCAAAAUUACACGCUUGGAAAGCACGUGGAGAGUCUGUCGCAUUGAUUGCACUGGUCUCGAGCCACGACAACGCUAAAGCUCCCGAACAACCCUGGAACUUCGCUUGUGCUUUUGCCAUCGCCGACCCGUUGCGACCGGAGGCAAUCAACGUCAUCACCCAGUUGAAAAAGCGGGGGAUUGAUGUCUGGAUGUUGUCUGGCGACAACCAAAUCACAGCAAAUGCUGUUGGCUUACAAGUUGGGAUCCCUGCGUCCAACAUCAUCGCAGGCGUCUUGCCAGACCAAAAGGCAGAGAAGAUCACCUAUCUCCAGAAGACGCUCACCAAGACUCACAAGUCUGCUCUCUCCCGUCUGUCCUUCGGCAGCAAAUCCAUGCCGAAGCGCGCCACCGUCGCUAUGGUAGGUGACGGCAUCAACGAUGCGCCCGCGCUCUCUACAGCUGACCUCUCCAUUGCCAUCGGCUCUGGCUCCGACAUUGCGCUCUCUUCUUCCUCUUUCAUUCUCAUCAACUCACACCUCGCUUCGCUACUCACUCUACUUGAUCUUUCUCGCGUGGUGUUUCGCCGCGUUUACUUCAACUUCGGGUGGGCGCUCAUCUAUAAUAUCAUCGCUAUGCCAAUCGCUGCCGGCGUCUUAUAUCCCAUCACCACGGGCACACAGACGAUGGACAUGCAUCACAAUGGCAUCGGUAUGGAGGCUGGUAUGGGUAUGGGAGACUCUGGCGUGAAGCAUGUGCGGCUAGACCCGGUGUGGGCGAGCUUGGCUAUGGCGCUGAGCAGUGUGAGCGUGGUUUGCAGCAGUCUGUUGCUGAGGAGUAGUCUUCCGGGCGUGGGGUUUAGGGUCAAAGAGACACCCGCACGCAAACCCUCAGCCCGUCGGGCAAGCUUCGCACUGCGUGUGAUUUGGCCGGUGCGCCCAACAUACCCUGCCAUGCCUCCUCAGCGUCUUCGCAUAGCCGCCUACUUGUACCAGCGCCUAUUAUCCACCUACAACCUCAGCAAGCUAAACGGACAGGUGUUACACAUAUGGCACUGCCACCGCCCGCACGGCCAGCUGGGCGCGAUAUCCGCACGGGCAUGGAGUAGUCGUAAAGUUGUAGUUUUCCCUGCGACGGGCGCCGUUGCCUCGGCCGCGGAGGGAUUGGUUGUAGAAGCAGUAGGACAUUUUGGCGCUUUGCUGGUUGCCGUCGACUAA